AUGAAUGAUAAUGAUUUAGAGACUCAGCCGCUUCUUAACCAUUCUCCUGGCUUAAGAAGACACAGUAUUGUAUCAGAAAGAAGUUUCAUAACCACUAAGAACCAUUAUUGGAGGAAUAUAUGUUUAAUAACGUUUAGUUUUGCAUUAACAGCAUUUAUGGUACUGUUUUUGUUUUCAAAAUAUGUUCCAGCUGAAAAUGUCAUACAAGAUAGCAUUGUUGAAAUAUCAAAAGUAGAUUUGGUAAGUACCCAUAUUGAUGGGUGGACAGAUGAUGGGAAAAACCUUAAUGAUGAUGGGGGCAAAGCUCUUCAAAUUACCGCAAAAUUAAAUUUUUCAUUAGAUUAUAAUAAAUGGAUGUUAGAAAAUAGUACGUCUAGUUUAACACCUUUUCAAAAAAAUUUAUUCCAAUCAAUUGGUAGCAAUGUUAUUAAAAAAUUAUGCAUUAAAGUCAACAAUAUAACCACAUUUGAUGGUAUUCAAAGUGAUAAGAAUUGGUUGGGAUUUGUUUAUCUUGACGAACCGAUUUGUGUGGAUUUACAUAAUAAUACAGUGACUGAAUUAAAUGUCAAAUUAUUUUUGGAACCUGACAUGGGUCAUAUAUUAAGAGUUUUGAAAAAAAUUUUGAAGAAAGACUAUAGUGAUUUAAAUCUUUGGUCUUCUUUGUCUUUUUCACUUUCAAAACGUACAGAUUCUUUGAUUAAAUUUAGUUUACCAUUUGCCUCAUUUCAUCGAGUAAUCAUUCAUUGGGAUAGUAUACUGAAUUGGAAGGGAAUGAAUGCUUUUUUGACUGAGACAAUAAAUGAACUAUCUCAAAUUAGUAUGGAGAAUUUUAAAAUGAGUGACUCGGAUGAAGGCUUCCAAGUUCACUUCAAUACAGAGGUAGGUAAUAUAAUGAAAAAAUUACCAUUGAUAGAGCUACCGCAGCCUGCACUUCUCUCACCCAUCAAAUGGGAUCUGAGAUUACCAGAUUGCCAUGAUAAUUACUCCAUUAAUUUAGCUAAUGUCAAAACCUUCACAAGUGAACUUAAUAUUAGCGAUGGCAUGAACAUCAGUGUCACGAGCUUUAUAGAAGGUUCUUUUCCGAAUUCAUUAUUAUCAUCUGUAUGUUUUUCUGAUGAGGAAAAUAUAGUGACUCCGAUAUCCAGAAUCCUUAAUAAUGUAACAAGUAAUUUAACUACGACAGCGGUUAUCAAGGGUACCUUAUCCAAAGGAAAUGAUAAGAAUUAUAUAUUUCCGGAUAAGAUUCUUCAGGACAUACUUGAUGAAUUAGAUUUUUUGCCUGUAAGUUCUAACAUUACUAUCGAUACCAAUAAUUUAAUUGAAAAUUUCACAAUUAAAGAUAUGAAAGUUAGAUGGGUAAAAGGUAGAUUGGGACAAAAAAGAUUGAGCGCUGUGGGUAAAGUUAUGGGUACGAUAAAUCUACCAUUUUACGAGACUACUGAGCAACGGAUUCAAGUUAAAAAAAUAAAAGGCACUUUGGAGCUAUUCCAUAACGAAGUAUACUUUUUAAACAUACCAAUGAAAAUUUGGUAUAAUGCAUCCUCUGAGAUCAUGCACGAUCAGAAUGACAAUCAUACUUUAAUGGAAAUAACUCUUGAUAUCCCAGAUGAUGAAGUCGAGGUAAUUGACCGUUGGGAAAUCACAAAAGUUUUUAAUGAAAUUUUAUUCGAGGGGAAAUCCACAGUACAUAUUAAGGCUGACCUUGACCUGAUAAUUUCUAGCUUUUUAGGUGAUAUUAUAUUACUGGGACUAAAAACAGAAAAUAAUGUUAUAAUAGAAUGA